AUGCAAGCGCGCUACUCUGUGUCCAGCCCCAACUCCCUGGGCGUGGUGCCUUACCUCGGCGGGGAGCAGAGCUAUUACCGGGCCGCCGCGGCCGCCGCCGGGGGCGGCUACACGGCCAUGCCGGCUCCCAUGAGCUUGUACUCGGACCCGGCGCACGAGCAGUACCCGGGCGGCAUGGCCCGCGCCUACGGCCCCUACACGCCACAGCCGCAGCCCAAGGACAUGGUCAAGCCGCCCUACAGCUACAUCGCGCUCAUCACCAUGGCCAUCCAGAACACGCCAGAGAAGAAGAUCACCCUGAACGGCAUCUACCAGUUCAUCAUGGACCGUUUCCCCUUCUACCGGGACAACAAGCAGGGCUGGCAGAACAGCAUCCGCCACAACCUGUCGCUCAACGAGUGCUUCGUCAAGGUGCCCCGCGACGACAAGAAGCCAGGCAAGGGCAGCUACUGGACGCUGGACCCGGACUCGUACAACAUGUUCGAGAACGGCAGCUUCCUCCGCCGCCGCCGGUGCUUCAAGAAGAAAGAUGCGGUCAAGGACAAGGAGGAAAAGGACCGGCUGCACGUCAAGGAACAGCCGCAUCCGCAGCACCUCGCGCCGCCCCGGCAGCAGCAGCAGCAGCACUACCAGCAGCAGCAGCAGCAGCAGGCGGAGCCCCCCGGCGGCUCCGUGGCGGGAGGUCCCGGGCCUGGGGCCCCGCCGCCCCCCGUGAGCAUUCAGGAUAUUAAGACCGAGAACGGUACUUGCUCGUCGCCGCCCCAAGCGGGCUCCCCAGCCUCGGCGCUGGUCAGCGGCAGCCACGCCGCCGUGCCCAAGACCGAGAACCCGGACAGCGGCAGCAGCAGCAGCAGCAGCAGCAGUAGCAGCAUCCUGUUGAGCAGCGGCAGCCCUUCCCACAGGACCUUGGGCCUGGAGGGCUCCGAUCACCCGCCACCGCAGCACCCGCACCCGUACCCUGAGCAGCAGCAGCACCAACCGCCGCCGCCGCCGCCGCACCCGGGGCAGGGCUUCAGCGUGGACAACAUCAUGACCUCGAUGAGAGGGUCGCCGCAGGGCUCGACGGGGGAGCUGGGCCCGGGGCUCCUGGCGUCCCCCGCUGCCUCCAGGACCGGCCUGCCGGCCUCUCUGUCCCUGGGCGCCUAUUCGCCGGGCCCCGACUCCCUGUACGGCUCCCCGUGCAACCAGGACGCCGCCGGCGUGGCCAGCGGAGGCGGCCCCAGCCCGGGCGGCCCCAGUGGCGGCCCCAGCAGCGGCGGGGGAGACCCCGGGGGCAGCGGGGGCGGCGGCGGCCCCAGCGGCCCCGGAACCUGUAACAUGCAGGCCAUGAGCCUGAACGCGGCGGGCGAGCGCGCGGGACAAUUGCCAGGCGGGCCAGGGGGCGCGGGCGGCGCCGGGGUGGACGAGCCCCUACCCGACUACUCCCUGCCGGCUGCCGGCGGCGGGCCGGGCGGGCCGGGCGGUGGCUCCUCCUCGGCCCUGGGCCACGGCGGCCAGGAGGCGGGUCACCACCCCACCGCCCACCAAGGCCGCCUGGCCUCUUGGUACUUGAACCAGGCGGCCGGAGACCUGGGCCACUUGGCCAGCGCGGCAGCGGCAGCGGCGGCGGCGGCGGCGGCGGCGGCGGCGGCGGCCGGGGGCGGCUACCCCGCCCAGCAGCAGAACUUCCACUCGGUGCGGGAGAUGUUCGAGGCGCAGCGGCUCGGUCUCAACAACUCCCCCGUCAACGGGAAUAGCAGCUGUCAAAUGGCCUUUCCUUCCAGCCAGUCGCUCUACCGCACCUCAGGGGCUUUCGUCUAUGACUGCAGCAAGUUUUGACCCGAGAGGCUAACUCUC